AUGGACCCUCCCACGUCGGGACUGUCUCACCAUCUGCACGAUGUCCUGUCAAAUCUCCAUCGUCGUCCUUUCCCUCAUGUUCCCAACCCUCCCGCAUGCAAAAAACGAGCCUCCGUUGCCUUGAUCCUCCGCGUUCGCCCGACCUAUGAACACUGGCCGACCUCCGAUGAGACCCUGGACUCCUCUCUGCCGGUGGAAGACCGCCUGAUUGAGUUCUUCGCACAACCCUGGGUCCAACAUGGUGAACCCGAGGUCCUGUUCAUCAAGCGCGCAAGUCGGGUUGGUGACCGGUGGACUGGCCAUGUUGCCCUGCCGGGCGGGAAGCGAGACCCGGAGGAUGAGGAUGAUAAAGCGGCGGCGAUCAGAGAAGCAUCCGAGGAAAUUGGAUUUGAUCUGACGGCAGAAGACUGUAUCAGUGUGGGCAAUCUCCCCGAGCGUGUGGUCACCACCAGCUGGGGCGCUCUGCCGUUGAUGGUCCUUUGUCCAUUCGUCUUCCUUACUACUCGAUGUGACUCACCGACACUCAAACUACAGCCCACCGAGGUGGCAUCAACACAUUGGAUCCCUCUCCGAGCCCUCCUAUCCCCAUCCCUCCGUACCGUGGAAUAUGUGGAUAUUUCACAGCGAUUUGCCCGGCAGGGCGGGUUUUUAAGCCGUCUUUUGAUUCGGUCUCUGAUGGGCUGGAUGCAGUUCUCGGCCGUCCGACUAGUCCCAUCGGAGAGCCAGCAGUGUACCUCGGCCCCUGGAUCUAUCCCCGAAGACCAUGAUGAUAAACCAACAUUGGUACAGCGAUUUGAAUCAUGGUGCUUGAGUAGCCAGGCCGGCUCCGGUGAUAGGAACCGGCCACUGCUCCUUUGGGGUCUGACGCUUGGUGUUCUGGCCGAUUUCUUGGAUAUGCUUCCUCCUCAUACUGCCGUGCAAUUGUGGAAGUACCCAACAUUUACAAUCCCCGACUUGCGCUUCAUUUGUGCAAUUUUAACGUACCAGUUGCGGAAACGCAAUAUGCUGCUGUUGAAGAUGGGCCCCCGCCCCAAUGAUACCGCGACGGACGGCGAGACUCCUGCGCGACCCGUCAUCCCGAUCAAAUCCACCCAUGAGCCCAACGAAGUUGGCAUUGGCGGUCUCGGAGUCGGAACAUACUAUGGACCCACUGAUUUAACAUCCGAUGGAACCUCGUACGCGGUGGGCAUCUUGCUGCGAGGAUACUACCAGCGCCUGCGGGUGGCGAUCUACGUCUUCCUUGCCUGGCGCAUGGCCGUUGGCUCUGCAGCAGCCAUCACAGCCUGGCGCAUUCUCCGCCGGCGACUUGAAUAG